AUGCCCCUCCCACCCCCCACCGUAGCGAUAACAGGCCUCACAGGCUUCAUCGCAACCCACACAGCCCUUGCCUUCCUCACCCACAACUGGUCCGUCCGCGCUUCCGUCCGAUCCCCCUCCAAAGCCCAACAAGUCAAGAACCUCAAAGUCUGGGAGAGGUAUUUGGAAGAAGGGAGGUUGGAAGUUGUUGUGGUGGAAGAUCUGGGCGGAGGCGAGCUGGGGGGGUUGUUGGAGGGGGUGGAGGGGGUGGCGCAUUUGGCGGCGCCGCUUGGGAUGACUGAACUAGGCUGGGAAGGGUACAAAAAACCCACCAUUGACGGUAUGCUCAACAUCCUCAAACAAGCUAAAUCCGUACCCUCAAUCAGGGGAAUCUCCGUCAUGUCCUCAAUGUCCGCCCUAUACGACAUCCUCACCCCCGAAGCCCAGCAAGACGGCAAGAUCUAUACCGAAGAUGUAUGGACGCCUCUCACUGAAGAGGUCGCUUUGGACUUUGAUCCCGAAGAUCCGAAAGCGAUGUGGAUCUACUAUGGUGCGGCGAAGCGGUUGGCGGAGGAGGCUGCUUUGGCGUUUGUGGAGGAGGAGAAACCUCGAUUCAGCGUGGCUACUUUUUGUCCUCCCAUGGUCUACGCCCCCUUCCAACACAUAUCCUCCCUCUCUCAAAUCGCAAACACCACCGGCUCCCCACCCAUCUUCGCUUCCCUCCUCUCCGGUCGUGACGAGCCUUUACCCUCGAAAGGCGGGUUUAGCUGGGUCGACGCGAGGGAUGUGGGGGAAGCUUUCUUCCGGGCGGUUGAUGGGCAAGUGUCGGGGCGGUUUGUUGUUAGUGCUGGGAAGGCGAACCAGCAGAUAUUCGUCAACAAGCUCAGAGAACUCCGGCCCGACCUUGAUGAGUAUAUCAUCAAGGGUGAGCCUUCGGACGACAAACUUGGGCCGACGUCGUAUAUCGAUGCUACAAAGUCCAAGACGGUCCUUGGGUUGGAAUAUCGACCAAUGGAAGAGACUUUGAAGGAUACGGUAGACUAUUUGGAAAAGAUUGGGGCGUUUGAGGAAGCCCCGGGGGCGUGGAAGAAGGAUGGGAAAGAGUAA